AUGUAUUUUCUUGCACGUUGCACACUAAUAAUAUUGGCAACCAUGGCUAGUAUUGGCUAUAUUGAUGGUUCAACAUGUGUUUGUGGGUGUUGUGCUGGUUUUAUUUGUAAUGCUAUUAAUGUCGGCAACACUACAGUAUCCUCAUGUUAUAAUUGUAAUUCUACAUUAUGCCAAUCAACAUAUUAUUCAACAUGUGCUAUUGCAAAUACUAUUACAGCUUCAUGUGUUUCUGGAAGCAGCAGCAGUAGUAGUAGCAGUAGUAGUAGUAGCAGUAGUAGUAGCAGUAGUAGUAGUAGCAGUAGUAGUAGCAGUAGUAGUAGUAGCAGUAGUAGUGCUUCCUCUUCACAGCAUCAAGGAAGUCGUGGUUUAUUCAAACCAACGUCCAAUACACUCACUGUAGCAAUCGUGAGUUUCUCAAUUUCAAUAUAAUGGAAGAUCAAAUGAAAAUUUGUUAAAAUCACAUCAUUUGACUAUAUGAACUUCUGUUUUGUAUUCCUUUUUACUCUAAGUUUCAUUGCUUUUUAUGUUCAUUUUUUCUCAAAAUUUCAAAAUAAUAAACAAGAAUCGUACUUAACACCCAAUUUUGUUUUAAUGAUCUACCACAUGAAAUAUUUUAAUUACUAUAAAAUUCUCGAAAUGAUAACUUUUCGGUUCUGCAUUACUUAAAGUCGUUAUCCAGAUGUUCUUGUUAAUGGUAUCAUACCACUACAUUUUGUAUGUCGUAUUGAUGAUUACCAUAUUUUCUUGAGUGUGUGGAUGUGAGGUAUUGAUGUGACUUUUGCUCUUCUCCUUACGGACAGUCCACACCCAUGCCCUUUUUGUUGCGAUUAUUCCGUCAAGUAUAUUUUACUUGUUGAAGGCUUCUCGAAUCACAAGAAAUGUUACAAGGAUACAGUUAUAGAUUCCAUUCUGUUCACUGAAGAAAAUUUAUCCGUAUAAUUUACAAGAAAAACAGUAUUGGACAAGAAAAGUGUCAUUGUCGCAAUGGUGUACUUACGUGAAAAUAAUCCUACCCAUGGAAUAAAAAAAAUCGAAAAAAAUUCAUAAUUUUCAUUUUUUCUGAAAAAUGAUAAUCAUCUCAUUAAUUCGAUUACUUUUACAUCAUUUUCAUCCGAUGAAAACUUCUAAAUUUAUCGAUGAAUUUAAAAUACAUGCAUUAAAGUGUCCGUUCCAUCAUGAAAAAUUGCAUUUUUUUGAUUUUCGCCAUCAUUUCUUCCAGCAAAAUUUUUUAUUAAUGACUCACAAUCGCGGUUCCCGAUUGAGUAUUUAAAAGCAUUUUUCCAACAGUUUGCCUGUUUGGGUAAGAUUAUAUUGAGUGUGAAAUUCUGGUUCCUUCUCGCAUUGAAAAUGGGUCGGAUAGAGAAUCGUUUAUUCUUAGAUGAGUAUUGCAUUGUUCUGCAAUGUCUAAUUGGAUUUGUUUUUGAACGACUAUGGUUGGCCUCAAUCGUGCAUAGCAGUCGAACAUGGUGUAAAUGUUCGACAAAGUGCUCAGUUUAAUGAAGCAAAAAGUACAACACUAGUUAAAUGAAUAGUGAAUUCUGUUCUUCUUUUUAAUAUCGCUACACUCUAACAGGGCCCGAUACAUCGGCAUCAUUCCAUUGAUGAAGCAGAACAGCAAUACCAUGCAUGGUAUGUUACCAUCUAUGCACCAUCGGCACAAAUGGGCGAUUCCAUUAUAAAAAUCUUUCAUUAUGUGUUCCAUUCUUGAUUAAUUGUAUUGCAACAUAAUUCAUUAUCUACGAGACAACUGAGACACAUUCAAAUGCUCGAAGAGAGCGCAGAGAUGUCAUAAUAUCCUAACACUGGGUAUCGUCGACAUACCAGUCACGAUAUCCAUUCAAGUGGAUACCUAAAAUGGAUACUAAAAUAAAUACCCAUGCUCCUCAGAGCUGAGGAAUUUGAGUGCAUUUUGUGUAACGAGAAUGG